CGAGUCGUGCCGCUGUCCCUUUAAGGGGCGGUACCAUCCGGAAGUGAUCGUGCCGAAGGGGGCGGGACCUGGCUCCCCAAACGGAAGUGAUCGGCGCGAGCCGGUUCGGUUGUCACUCUGAGAAGAUGGCGUCGGCGGCGAAGAGGCCGAAGGUGGAGGCUGCAGUGGGCCAAGGUACUGAAGAAGUGCUGAGCCAGUUCCUGACCUGGUGCAGGCAGUCAGGGCUGGAGCUCAGCCCCAAGGUACACUUGAGCAAGGGUGGCACUGUGGAGGGUUAUGGGCUGGUGGCAAACAAUGACAUUGAAGAGGGAGAGCUGUUAUUUUCUGUUCCCAGGGCAGCACUGCUCAGUCAGCAUACCACAGCAAUCCAGGAUUUACUAAAGAGAGAAGAGGCAGCGUUGGAAUGCCGGUCGGGCUGGGUGCCACUCCUGCUUUCCAUGAUGUUCGAGAUCACAAGCAGCAAAUCCCACUGGAAGCCUUAUUUCUCUCUCUGGCCUGGCUUCAGCACCCUGCACCACCCCAUGUUUUGGUCUGAGGAGGAGAGGAAUAUGCUUCUGCUCGGCACAGGUGUGCCACUGGCAGUCGAGAAAGACUUGAUGAACAUUGAAGAAGAGUACAACAGCAUAGUGCUGCCUUUUAUGAAAUGUCAUCCUGACAUCUUCGACCCACAUGAACACACCCUGGAGCUUUACAAGAAGCUGGUGGCAUUUGUUAUGGCUUACAGUUUCCAGGAGCCCUCUGAAGAAGACGAUGAUGAUGAUGAAGAUGAAACUCCAGACCCUCCCAUGAUGGUCCCUCUGGCUGACAUGUUGAACCACGUGGCCAAUCACAAUGCCAACUUGGAAUUUACACCGGACUGUUUGAAAAUGGUUUCCAUCAAGAAGAUCAGUGGAGGGGAAGAGAUAUUUAACACAUACGGCCAGCUUGCCAACUGGCAGCUCCUGCACAUGUAUGGAUUUACCGAACCCUAUCCUAGCAACACACAUGAAGCCCUGGAUAUCCGAAUGCUGACUGUGUACGAGGCUGCCUUGCAAGCUGCAAAGACAGAAGAGGAGAGAAGGUUGCUGGCUGAAAAGUGGGAAUUCUUGACUGAGUUGGAAAUAGUCCAAGAAGAAGGGGAUUUUGUUAUCGGGCAGGAUGGAGUCCUAACAGAGGAGGAACUUUAUAGUACCCUUAAGGUUUUGAGUAUGUCAGUGGAAGAAUUUGAAGAAUACAAAGCGAAUGAUGGGUGGGAGGAGGAGGAGGAAGGUGAUACUUCUGGUCUUACCAAUUCUGCGAUCCCCAGCCUGAAGUCUGACUGGAAGCAACUUCUACACAACACUGUGAGAAUGAGGCUAAAAUCUUACAGCUCCGGUCUGAAGGAAGAGGAAGCCAUAUUGGCUGACGUGGAGAAAUACCAUCAGCUUAGUAAACGGGAACGCGAUUCUCUGCAGGUCCGAUAUGCACAGAAGAUGAUUUUGCAUCGGUUGUUGCAGCUCACAGAGUAAUGGUAACAGCAACUGAGGACUAAUACCCCGUGAAUGCCAAGGUGAAGGAUUCAACAGAAAACAUUUUUUCCCUGGAAAAAUAUAUUUUGUCACUUUUGUACAAGUUCAAAAUAAGAGCUAUAAAACCAAAUAAACUAGGUAAUGUUUGUAAUCUC